AUGGCAGAGACAAAUAAAGGAAUUGAAGAAGAAGUGGCAAGUGCUUUUGUGAAUCACUACUACCAUAUCUUUGACAACGAUCGAUCAUCUCUUUCUUCUCUCUAUAAUCCCACCUCGUUGCUCACUUUUGAAGGCCAAAAGAUUUACGGCGUGGAAAACAUCUCCAAUAAGCUUAAACAACUUCCGUUCGAUCAAUGCCGUCAUUUGAUCAGCACCGUCGAUUCUCAGCCGUCUUCAAUAGCCGGUGGAUGUGGCGGAAUCCUAGUUUUUGUGAGCGGUAGCCUCCAAUUACAUGGGGAGGAUCAUCCUCUUAGGUUUAGCCAGACGUUUCACUUGAUUCCGGUUCUACAAGGAAGUUUCUUCGUCCAAAAUGAGAUGUUUCGGCUCAAUUAUGGUUGAACUUGAACAGAUUAAGACUUUAAUGUUUGUAAUCGAUCUUUUAUAUAUCGAAAUCCGACUAAUAAUGCAGUCACGUAUUUAAUGAAAAUCAUUUCAUCUUGACUACUAAAAUAUAUUGACUUUUUUUCUGGGUUAUUCUCAUAUAUGUAAGCAAGUUUCAAUAGUUCAUUAAAAAACAUUCGGUAAUUGUAGAUUGGUAAAAUCCAUACUAUAUGUGCGCGUGGUAGCUAGAUACACUUUUUAAAAAAAGCAGAAUAAGAAUUUUUUGCUCUCA